AUGGGUUCCCGCUGUGCCAAGAUUGGCAUGGGCCACGGCCGGGGCCACGAAUACUCCAUGAAGAAGCUCGUGGCCUGCGUGAGCCAGGAUAACUUCUCCUUGUCAUCGGAGGGCGAGGAGGAGGAGGAGGGCGAGGAGGAGGAAGAGGAGGAGGAGGAGGAGGAGGGAGAAGAGGAGGAGCUCCCAGUGCAGGGCAAGCUGCUGCUGAUGGAGGCUGGGCAGCAGGAGGAAGGGGCCGAAGACACCGACUCGGGGGCCCAGCAGAGCCCCGAGCCCAAGCAGACACGCUCCUGA